AUGUCAAGCGAUGGCGGACCUACCUUCUCUGUCAAGCUGUUCAUCGACAAGGAGAAGAAGAAGGUGCUGUUUGCAGAAUCCGACAAGGACUUCGUCGACGUGCUCUUCAGCUUCCUCACCCUGCCUCUCGGCACCAUCGUUCGUCUCUUCGACAAGAAGUCUCAGGUCGGAUGCCUCGACGAGCUGUACAAGAGUGUGGAGAGUCUCGGUGAAGAUCACUUCCAAACCAAGGCGUGCAAGGCCAUGCUUCUUGCGCCGCUCAAUGCAGCUGCAGUCCAUUGCAAUCGGCUUAAAGUGAAAGUUGUCGACAAAAAUCCUAUGUAUCGCUGCAAAAAUGCCAGUUGCCGUGUUACAGCAUUUAGCUCCGUCCCUCAUGCUAUUUGCUAUUGUAAAAACGAUGCAGUUUUUGUCAUUGGUGUCGCCAAGUUCAUCAUAACGGAUGAUCUCCAAGUUGCUCCUGCUUCCACAAGGGUCAUGUUUUCGUUGAUUGAAAAAUAUGGGAUACCAGAAAAGGAGAAUAUCCAGGAGAAGGUGAUCCAGCUCAAUUCUGCCAAGAUGAUCGGUCUGCUUAGGAGAGCGCUGCUGACAAAACAAGUCUUAACUGGACUUUAUUUUGACGUUGCUAUCCUGGCAAAUCCUGCAGACAUGUGUAUGCUUUCCGAAAGUAUGUUCGCAAAACAGGCGCUUGAGACUGAACCCAAGUUCAAAGCCAUCAAGGAUGGCCCCAUGAACUUCAUGGUGACCGACGACCUCCAGAUCCGCCCAUUUUGCUUGAUCAACACCCUCGAGUUCCUGCGCGCAUGCAAGGUUCCCAAGGACAAGCUAGUGGAGAAAGAACUCACGCUCAACAAAACCCAGGUUCUGAAGCUUGUGGGAGCUGCAUUUGGGACGAGCAAAGCACUCAGCAGCGUGCUCAUGCCUUCGAAGAAGUAG